AUGGUCCAAGUGAGAGGUGAGGGCGUCCAACUCCUCUGGGUGACGAUAUCGUUGCUGGCGCUGUCUACGCUGGUUGUUGUUACUCGUCUUGGAGUGCGGAAAUGGAGGAAGAGACUCGGCAUGGAUGACUGGCUGAUGUGUUUGGGGCUGCUUCUAUAUGCGGUGACAGCAUCUCUGGUUAUUGUGUGCUGUUUUUAUGGCGCGGGCCAGUACUCAAAGGACUUGACGGAGACUGAUAUUCACCGUGGAAUCAAGAUCUACUACAUCGCCGAAUUCAUCUACGCCGCGUCCAUUGUCCCCAUCAAGACAAGCAUAUGCGUAGCUCUUCUUCACAUCGUCUACGCAUAUCGCUGGUGUGCCCUCGCCGUAUGGGGUGUCAUGAUCACAGUGGCAUUCACAUCUAUCGUGUUCAUCAUCGCCAUCGCCAACCUAUGCCACCCGAUUACAGCUCUCUGGGGCGAAACAAAGGGUGUUUGUCAUCCACAGUUAAACAGCAGCAUUAGCUUCUACUUCUCUGCUGUUUCAAUCGCGUCCGACUUUACGCUGGCUACGCUGCCUGGCGUUUUAUUAUGGAACAUGCAGAUGAAGCGACGGGUUAAAUUCUUUGUCGCCAUUAUGCUUAGUCUUGGCGCCUUCGCUAGUUGUGCGACCAUUAUUCGAUUACGCCUGCUUACUCUUUACGAUAACCCAGCCGAGUUCAUGUAUAGUGCUGGCGCGAUCGGCCUGUGGUCCAUGGUCGAGGAAGGCAUUGGUAUCAUUGCCGGCUCGAUGCCAGCGUUGCGGCCGCUGCUCGAUCUACCGGUGUUUCGGCGUGGUUCUACAAAUGGAAGCGACUCGCAGCAGGCUUGUAUUCAUGGCAAGUCUUAUAUGCCGGGGAUUAGUAACCAAGGUAGCGGCAAACUGGUCCAAGUACAUUCCCAUAGUGCGGAUGUUACAAUGUGUAGCUCGGUGGGGGAUGGCAGUUCACGGGAUGAUGUAACUUGA